AGAGAGAGAGAGAGAGAGAGAGAGAGAGAGUCUUGCUCUUCCAGGAAGGGAUUAUUAACCAGCACGCUGCCGUCCUCUGAAGGGAAAACACACGCAGACAAAAGAAGUUUUCACUCCUUCAGCCGCGCAGUGAUCCACACCAGCAGGUAAAUAAAGACAAAGCAACAACACGGCUACAUGAAAACAAGAACUUCUUCAACACCGAGCCGAGCAGUCGGACUGCCGCUUCUGCCGCUUCUGCCGCUCCUGCCGUGUGGGUUCCUAUAGGAGAGAGGAACGCAGAUAAAGAAGAGGGACGCAGCGUAAAAGUGGAAGGACAAGGAGAGAAGUUGACGGGAGAUCAUGUCUGAAUCCUCCUCCUCCGCUGCCUACAAGCAGGAGAGGAGCUCUUUCAGUCCUUCCGCGAACCCGCUGCCAAACUCCACUUCCUCCCCCGUCCAUGCUCCCGCCGCGAGGCCAGCCAGCCGAAUGAAGGACGAGCCUGCCAGGCUGCCUGCGCACCUGCGUCUGCAGCCGGUGUUUUGGAGCAGGGAGGAUGUGGCCCAGUGGCUGCGGUGGGCAGAGAAGGAGUUCGCCCUGCGGCCGAUCACCAGCGGCUCUUUCCAGAUGAACGGCAAAGCUCUGCUGCUGCUCACAAAGGAGGACUUCCGCUACAGAUCCCCCCACUCUGGGGACGUCCUGUAUGAGCUGCUGCAGCACAUCCUGAAGCAGAGGAAGCCCCAUGUGUUCUACCCGUCUGCCUACUUCCCUGGGAACUCCUUCCACUCGCUGCCUGAGAGCGCUCUGCAGCACCUCAAGCUUGAAGAAACGGUACGGAGGGCUCCCCGUGGUACAGAGACCCUCCCCCAGCAUCCACCCACCAUCGAGCUGCGGCAUCGCUCCCGCUCCCCCCACCACCCGAACGCCAGGCAGUCUCCCCCAGAGCCGAACCAUCAGUCCCGCCAGGCCAACGAGGACUCCCUGCAGACCUUUUCUCAGCUGCCCGACAGCAACCACCACCUGCCUGAAGACAUGUACCCCCUGUCCGUUUCCCCAGCGGCACCCAACGGUCGCUGCACCACACCCCGGGAAGCUCCGUGCCCGGGCAGCCCUGAGGGCCAGGAGGCGGGCCCUCCUCGCGUCAUUCAGCUCAUGCCCAGCACCAUCAUGAACCCCCUGCUCCUCAGCCCCAACAGGAGUGUCGGGGGCGCAGCCUUGGACUUCAGGCACAGCCGCGGUGGACCUCAGUCUCAGGCUGCGCACGAAAACGGCCGUGAGGGGAAAGUCCAUGGCCACCACCACCAGAUACCUCUGUCCCAGCAGCAACAGCAGCAGCAUCUACUGCAGCAGCAGGAAGAGGCGCUCUACAGAAACCAUGUCAUCAUGCCCGUGUCUCCUCCAGAGGAGCAGCAGAUCCCCAUCGGACGGAUAGCAGACUGCAGGCUGCUGUGGGACUACGUCUACCAGCUCCUGUCAGACAGCAGGUACGAGAAUUACAUCCGCUGGGAGGAUCCGGAGAGCAAGGUUUUCCGCAUCAUGGACCCCAACGGUCUGGCCAGACUCUGGGGCAACCACAAGAACAGGACCAACAUGACGUACGAGAAGAUGUCACGCGCACUGAGACACUACUACAAACUGAACAUCAUCAGGAAAGAGCCCGGACAAAGACUUCUAUUCAGGUUCAUGAAAACUCCAGAUGAGAUAAUGAACGGGCAGACGGACCGGUUGGAGCACUUGGAGUCUGACACAUACGAACAAAGCUACAUCAAAGAGGAAUGCUUAGAGUCUCCGGGAAAGCGAGCCCAAGAACUUCUUCCUUCUACCACCACAGCCGCUGAUGCCUUUAAGAAGGAGCCUGAACAAUCGGCCUUGAACCUGGAGCGUGUCGGCGUUCACUCGUAUCAGUCGGAGAGGCGCGACAUCUGAUUUCUCUUAAGUUUGCCUUAGGUUGGUGUUUUCCUGAAGGAGCAGAUGUUUUGAUUCUCCUGAUGGACGGAGCGGAAAGGACUUGUAAGGUGUUCCCUUUUUUUUUUCUGAAUGAACUGCAAAAGCCAAUCACUUUGUGCUUAUGUCACUUUUAUAAAUUCAUCGUCUCCUCACAUGCAUUAUACUGCGGAGUUUUGCUGUUUGUACAAAGAAAGUUGGGUGUGUGCGUGUGUGACAGGAAUGUUUUCACAGUGGAAUAAACAUUUUUGAUCAAACUGUA